AUGGUAUUUCUCAAAUUCCUCGGUAUUCUUGGUUUUUCUUUUAUUUUCGAGAUUGGAACGAUUACAUCGAAAAUCGAUAUUCAAAAGGUAUUCAUCUAACAUAUAUAUUUUCGGAAUCAGACAAUUCUUCACAGUAUAUUUUAUCACCAAAACACAAAUCUUAUCAAAUUGACUUUUGAACUUAAUAAAUUUGCACGUAUUUCCUGUUUCAGAUUCGAGUUUUGGAGAAUCUGAAUCUAUUGGAUAGGCCUAAAGAUAUUGGAGAAAUACCCAUAUUUCCAUUUGAAGUUGCAUCUCCGAGUGAAAAAUAUGGUGGAAAACUAUCUCAUGAGAUGUUGGAAUCAAGAAAAGGUUCAUAAAUUUAGAGUUGAUAAAUAUUUUAAAAUCUUUUGUUUUGUAGGUUGGAAUUGUGUAACCGGUUCAUCAGUAGAAAAUAAUUGCUUUCCAUAUAAUUUUAACUUGUCCAAAGAGUUCGUCUCUGGAAAUAUUUUGAUAAGGUAUAUUACAAAAAGGAAAAACUCAUUUAGCCGAAGAAAAAUUUUACCAGCGUCACAUUUGAAUUUUUGAGCGCCUCGUGACAAUCAGUAACAAUUUACAGCACUCAAAAUCUCACGAAUCUUUCAAAUCUUGUUAUAAUUGCCAGUGAAGUUAAUAAACAAUUUGGGGCCGAAACCAGAGAAUUAGAUCGAUUUGAGUUUGAACAAUCUAGUCGUACGUCAAGAUUCAGAAUCCGAUUCAAUUUAUCAUCACAAAUCCGAAAAUGGCUGGAGGAACCCGAAAAGACAAAGUUUAUCAAGGUUUGGGAAAAAACAUUUCUUAACCCAAAAUUUUUAUUUAUUUUUUUCAGAUAGAUAUUUAUAUCAAUGGAAUAAUUGUGGAUAAUGUUGAAGAUUAUCUGGAAGUCGAGCCAUUUUUUGAAAUGACUGUAUUUGAGUAUUUCGAAAGUGAAAACACAAAUUGUACGGGUUGUUAUUUAUCUACAUUUUAUGUGAACUUUACAGAGAUUGGUGAGUUUUUUUUAGUUUAAAAAGUUUAAUCUUUAUUUUUCAAUGACGUGAUUAAACAUUGAACAUUGUAUGUGAUUUUCAAAAAUUGAAAUUACUUUGUUUUUUACAUUCCAAAAAACUCUCGGAAACUUAUUAAUUUUUUUUUCAGGCUGGAAUGAUUGGAUUCUUUCACCUCCUGGAUUUUAUGCGAAUUUAUGUGAAGGAAGUUGUCCAGAUGAAAAGUUAGGAGGAACUGAUAUAAUUCAAGAACAAGUUUGUGCUCCAAAUUAUUAUGGAAGUGUUGAUUUUCUAAUUGCUCGUAGUAAAUAUGAUAUUCAAAAAAUUCGAAUACACGGAUUGCGAGCACUUUCAUGUGGUUGUAUUUAA